AUGUCGGAAGCUAAGGAAGAGGGAAGUAUUCCCUCUGCCAAACGGACAUGGCUUUCGCGACUGGAUCCUCUCAAGAGGAGACGACCACCACCAAUUCCAGAUGAGAGGAUAGAGUCACCCGAAUACAGAGCUAAUUUUGCGAGCUUGAUUACCUGGCAUUGGAUCAAUCAUCUUAUGUUUGUCGGGUAUCAAAGACCCCUCGAAGAAAAUGACAUUCCCCGCGUGAACCCCAACCGCUCAAUCACCGUGAUGGCCGCGGCAUUACACGCAAAUUUCGAAAAGCGCGUAAAGGCUGGUUCCAAGAACGCGCUUGUCGGAGCUAUUUAUGAGACUUACAAAUUUGAAAUUGUGCUCGGUGGUUUGUGCUGUGUGCUUGGAAGCGUGGCGCAGAUCAUAUUACCAUAUCUACUAAAGUAUCUGAUUGCCUUUGCGACGGAUGCGUACCUGGCACAGUAUACUAACCAAGUAGCUCCAUCGAUUGGCACAGGUCUAGGAUGGGUUUUUGGACUAUCGGCUAUGCAGAUUCUGGCGAGUAUCGGUAACAAUCAGUUCAUGUACCGAGGAAUGGUGGUUGGAGGUCAAGUGCGCGCUGCUCUCAUCUCGCUCAUUUUCAGCAAGGCCAUGACCAUCUCCGGCCGAGCCAAGGCUGGUUGGAAACCGCCCAAGACGCCUCCUGCAGAUAUCACGCCUGGAAGCGACGAAGAAAAGGCGUGGUAUGCUGAGCAGCUGGAGGAAGCUAAGCUGAGUGUGCAAGGAUGGAGCAACGGUCGCAUUAUCAAUCUCAUGUCUACCGAUACGAACCGUAUCGACAAGGCUGCUGGUUGGUUCCACUUGAUCUGGACCAUUCCUCUGGUUGUGCUUAUCACCAUUGCCCUGCUCCUGGUCAAUUUAACGUAUAGUGCCCUACCCGGUAUUGCGCUUUUCCUGCUAUCGACUCCGUUCUUGAUGUUGACCGUCAGGCGCAUAUUCGGAAUUCGCGCAAGAACCAACAAAUUCACCGAUGAAAGAGUUAGUCUGACGCAAGAAGUCCUCCAAGCUAUCCGAUUCGUGAAAUACUAUGCCUGGGAGUCGGACUUUCUGGACCGUAUCUCGGCCAUUCGACGUAAGGAGAUUCAUGGUGUGCAGCUCAUGUUUAUGAUUAGAAACGUUAUGACUGCCGUCGGAACUUCUAUUCCAAUGUUCGCGUCAAUGUUGGCUUUUAUUACAUUCUCGCUUACGAACCAUGCGUUGGCGCCGUCGGCUAUUUUCUCGUCACUGUCCCUUUUCAACGGUCUUCGACUACCUUCUAUGAUGUUGCCUAUGGUCAUUGCUUUGGUGACGGAUGCUUCUUCGGCCGUGACUAGAAUUGAGGCGUUCUUAUUGGCUGAGGACUCACAGCUUGAUAUGCAGCCACAGGCAGUCGACAGUGAGAAUGCUGUUUCUAUGGUAGACGCCGCAUUCACCUGGGAAAAAGCUGUUGACGGCCAGGAUCACCAAGGGCCUCAACACAGCAAGGGUGCAGGAAAAAAGGACAAGAAAGGCAAGAAGGGCGAGAAAAAGGCAGAGAAGAUGGCCGAGAAGACCGGAAAAUCCAGUGAAACAUCUUCCACCGAUGGAGAUGAAAAGGUUCAUGAAGGUACAACCGAGUCGGGCCAAGAACCGUUCAAAAUCCACGAUCUCAAUAUCAAUAUCGCAAAGGGCGAAUUUCUAGGUGUUGUUGGAAGUGUAGGAUCCGGCAAAACAUCUUUCCUUGCAUCACUUGCCGGCGAAAUGCGUAAACUCAAUGGAGUCGCCAUUGUUGGAGGAUCAAAAGCGUACUGUCCCCAGAACGCAUGGAUCCAGAAUGCCACUGUCGAAACCAACAUUACUUUCGGUCAAGAGCUGGAUGAAGAGAAAUUCAAACGAGUUGUCGAGGCUUGCUCUCUUCGCCAUGAUCUAGAGGUUCUUCCUAAUGGUCGGUACACACAGAUUGGUGAGCGCGGUAUCAAUCUGUCUGGUGGGCAAAAGGCUCGUAUCAGUUUGGCUCGAGCGAUUUAUGCAGACACUGACAUUUUGUUGCUUGACGAUCCUCUCUCGGCCGUUGAUGCGCAUGUUGGUCGUCAUAUUAUGGAAGAUGCCCUUUGCGGAGUACUAAAGGAUAAAUGCCGAAUCCUCGCUACGCAUCAACUUCACGUUCUACGCCAUUGCGACAGGAUUAUUAUGAUGGACAAUGGAAUGAUCGUCGCAAACGACACAUAUGAAAAUCUGGUCACAAACAACGAAAGGUUCAAAGAGAUGAUGACGACGGUUGAUCAUGACCACAAGAAAGAGGACCUUGAAGAAACCCCUGCUACGACUGAGGCUACUGUUCAGAAAAUCGCAUCCAUCGCAAAACACCCACAGGAUGAUCUGAUACAAGAGGAAGGCCAGUCGGCUUCGGGGGUGAGCAGUAGUAUCUAUUUCAGAUAUUAUGCAGUUGCAGGCUCGGUUCUUCUCGUUCCAUUGAUUUUGUUGCUGUUGAUCUUGUCCUCAGGUAGUGCUAUUGUCACUAAUUUGUGGUUGGCUUGGUGGACGUCCAACAAUUUUGGCUACAGUACCGGAACAUACAUUGGUGUCUAUGUUGCACUAGGGGUUGGCUCAGCAAUUUUGCUGUUCAUCUACUCGACCGCACUUUCCAUGUCAGGUACACGAUCCAGCAGACUCCUGCUGAAAUAUGCUAUUCGCCGAGUUCUACGUGCACCCGUCUCAUUCUUCGAUACAACACCUCUUGGCCGAAUCAUGAAUCGAUUUUCUAAAGAUGUGGAUACUUUGGAUAAUAACAUGACGGACUCAAUGCGUCUUGCCACUAUGACGCUAGCUCAAAUCAUUGCCGUCUUUAUCCUUAUUAUCGCUUAUUACUACUACUUUGCAGCUGCUCUUGGACCCUUGCUCGUGAUUUAUAUCAUGCUCGCUUUGUUCUACAACAGAUCUGCGCGAGAGGUUCAGAAACACGAGUCGAGGCUACGUGGACAUCUGUUUGCUCGAUUCAACGAAUCCGUCUACGGCAUAGCAACGAUCAGAGCAUAUGGUCGUUCGGAAUCGUUCGUCAAGUCCAUCAAUGAAGAUAUUGAUCAGAUGGACAGUGCCUACUUUUUGACCUUUGCCAAUCAGCGGUGGCUCGCUGUUCGACUUGAUGUGCUUGGUGUGAUAUUAGUGUUUGUGACUGAAAUCCUGGUCGUUACCUCUCGGUUCAAUGUCUCGCCUAGCAUCAGUGGUCUGGUACUGUCGUACCUCUUGUCCAGUGUUCAAUUGCUUCAAUUCACAGUCCGGCAAGCGGCUGAUGUCGACAAUAACAUGAACUCAGUCGAAAGAAUCGAUUACUAUGGAAGACAGAUCGAGCAGGAAGCUCCUGCCCACACCAUUCCGGUUCCCGAGGAAUGGCCCAGCAAAGGAGAAGUCGUCUUUUCCGAUGCUCAUCUCAGAUAUCGUCCCGGUUUGCCGUAUGCAUUGGAACAAUUCGACUUGCAUAUCCAACCCGGUGAACGGGUGGGUAUCGUCGGACGAACUGGUGCAGGAAAGUCAACUAUCAUCAUGGCGCUCUUCCGUAUGGUCGAGUUGGCACAGGGCAAAAUCGUCAUGGAUGGUAUCGACAUUAGCACGAUCGGAUUGAACGAUUUGCGUUCGCGCAUGUCUAUUAUCCCUCAAGACCCGACCUUGUUCGCGGGCACGAUCCGAUCGAAUUUGGAUCCCUUCAACACUCGCACAGACGAAGAACUCUGGGCCGCUCUCCGACAAGCCCAUCUCAUCGAAGACAACGCCAGCUCCUCCUCCAGAACCGAAAUAACAGCCACAGACAAAGAAACAUCCGUCAACGGCAAUGGCAACAACAUUCAACAAUCCCAAUUAACUCUCGACUCCAUCGUCGAAGAAGGCGGCACCAACUUUUCUCUUGGCCAACGCCAGCUCCUCGCCCUUGCCCGCGCGCUCGUCCGCAAUAGCAAAAUCACAAUCUGCGACGAAGCAACCAGCUCAAUCGAUUUUGAGACCGAUCUCAUGAUCCAAAAGGCCAUGUCGGAGGGUUUCAAGGGUCGCACAUUGCUAUGUAUUGCGCAUCGCCUUAAAACCAUUAUCGGGUAUGACAAGAUCUGUGUCAUGGAUAGGGGUAGAGUUGCAGAGGUCGCGUCGCCAUUGGAAUUGUUUGAUGCUGGUGGUAUUUUCAGGAGUAUGUGCGAGCAGAGCUCGAUCACGAGGGAGAUUAUAGUGGCGGCUGGAAUGGAGUCGGAGGAUUGA